AUGGAGAGGCGGGAGCGCGGCGGGAAGGCGGCGCCGGGCCCGGCCCCUCAGGCGUCGCCCGGGCCGGCCCGGAGGGAGAGGCGGCCCAGCAUGUUCGAGAAGGAAGCAUAUGCACAGAUAUUAAAGGAAAGACUGAGAGAAUCUUUCCAUGAUGUUCAGUAUGUUGAACCUCCAUUUGAUGACUCAAUUGCUGAUAUAGGUAAAGAAUGGAAGACGGCCCUGGCAAAACUAAAGUUUGCUAAUUCAUACAGAAUGGAACCGUUGAAGAAAUUCCAGGCUCAUUCAGUAGAAACCAAAGUGCAGCAGAUAUUAAAGGAAAGUCUUAAAGAUGUCAAAUACGAUGAUAAAGUCUUCUCUCAUUUGUCCCUUGAAUUGGCAGACCGCAUAUUGUCAGCAGUCAAAGAAUUCGGGUUCCAUCGUUACAAGUUCAUUAUAAAAGUAUUGUUUAUUCAGAAAACUGGUCAAGCAAUAAAUAUUGCCAGCAGAUGGAUCUGGGAUGUUGCAUGGGACAGCUGGGUUGAAGCUAAACAUGAAACUGAAUCGUACGUGGCACUGGCUUUGGUAUUUGCUCUUUAUUGUGAAUAGCUUCUGACCUGCUUUUCACCCC